AUAGCAAAAAGAAACUAAAUUCCUCUCCUCUCUGCAGAAGCAGCCAUGGCUGCUGCAGAUCCAGCACAACUGUUCCUAGGUGAACUGACUUGUUCAGUGUGUCUGGAUUAUUUUCAAGAUCCAGUGGCUUUAGAUUGUGGGCACAAUUUCUGCCAGGCCUGCAUCAAUGUGUGGUGGGAGGGACUGAAGACAGACUUCCGCUGCCCAGAGUGCAGAGAUACCUUUUCCCAUAGAAACUUCAAACGAAACAGGCAGCUAAGGAAUGUUGUGGAAGCUUCCAGAACACUUAGACUGGAGUCAACAAAUGAACCAGAAGUCAGCGGAGUGUGUAAGAAACACGGUGAGGUUUUAAAAGUCUUCUGCCAAGAGGAUCAAAGCCCCAUUUGUAUGAUUUGCCAUCUGUCUCGAGAUCACAAAGACCACACUGUGGUUCCCAUAGACGAAGCUGCCCAGGGAUACAAGGAUCAGAUUCUGAGCCAUCUGAAGACUUUAAAGAAGAAUCGAAAAGAGGUUCUGACAUUCAGAUCGAAUGAGGAAAAGAAAAGCCAGGAACUACUGAAGAAGACAGAAACCGAGAGGCAGAAGAUUGUGUCUGAAUUUCAGCAACUGCGUCAAUUUCUGGAAACACAAGAGAGAUUCCAGCUGGCCCAGCUGGAUGAGACGGAGCAGGACAUUAUAAAGAAGAGGGAUGGAUAUAUUGACAGACUGAAUGAGGAAAUAUCACUUCUCAAUAAGUUGAUCUGUGAGGUAUACAAGAAGUGUCGGCAGUCAGGAAGUGAAUUUCUGCAGGACAUCAGAAGCACCUUGAGAAGAUGUGAAAGAAAGACAUUUCAGAAUCCUUUGUCUCUUUCUCCUGAACUGAAAUGGGGCAGCUGGAAUUUCUCUGAAAAAUCCACAAUUCUACAGAACAUACAGAAGAAAUGCAGAGAGUCUUUCUCAUCUGAAUGGAAAUUGCACAAAGUAAAUGUGACUCUGGAUCCAGACACGGCCCAUCCCGAACUCAUCGUGUCUGAGGAUCGGAAAAGUGUGAGACGGAGAGACACAGAGCAGGCUCUGCCCAACAAUCCUGGGAGAUUUGAUACCAAGCUCUGCGUGCUGGGCUGUGAGGGAUUCACCGCUGGGAGGCACUGCUGGGAGGUGGAGGCAAUGGGACUCUGUGCUGUUGGGGUGGCCAGAGAGUCUGUGAGCAGGAACGGAAAGAUCAACUUUAGCCCUAAGGACGGGGUCUGGGCUGUGGAAUGGAGCGGGGAACAGUGGUGCCGGGCUCCUACCUCCCCUGUGACCUCCCUGUUCCUGAUCAAGGCACCUAGCAGGAUCCGGGUUUAUCUGGACUAUGAAAGGGGGAAGGUGGCAUUUAUCGAUGCUGGUAAAGGGGACCCAAUCUUCACUUUCCCAACAACUUUUUUCACUGGUGAGACAAUCUGCCCGUUCUUCCGAGUUGGAUUUAGGAGCCUCUCUGGUCCGUUCCAUCCCAGUUCCCAGCUCACACUGUGUCCCUGA